CACUAGCCACGACUCUAGGAUACAGGACGGACCAAUAGCUUCCGCGCCGUCUUGACCUGAACAAGUGCAACUCUAUAGUUCCAUAAGCUGGAAAAUGGAACAAGACUUUCCCGGAAGUAUUGAACUCCGGUGUGCUUUAGGGGAUUCCUAUGAACAUCAGAGCCUAAACGUGAUACCGCUUAGUUUUGAGCUGGGAGGUAACAUGAUAUCAGCUAGCAUGUUCAAGGAGCAGAAUGCAAUGUAUUACUUUAAAGGCUGUUCGGGAUCAGCCAGGAGGGCCUGGCCAUCGGCGGGCCCGCGCCUGGCAAGGCGACCGCCACCAGCAACUUCAUGACGCAGUUUCAGAAGAAGGUCUUGGACAAGAUCCUGCGACCGUCGACUAUCACUGCAGACCACGGUGCUGUGGCAGCCGCAGUGGGAGCUGAGGCAGUGGAUACUGCGGCUAACGACGGUGAUGGUGCAGCAGCGAGAGCAGCCGCUGGGGACCACGAAGAGGCGGACGAGGAUACCACCAACUACGAUGCGUUCAAGGAGUGGGUCGGCGAGGUGCCAAGAGCGGCUAAGGGCGCAGCUGGCAAGCGCAGGCGGGGUGGCGGUGAUGACGACGACCUGGGUGCGAGGUCGGGGCGCAAGGUUGGAAAUAAACGGCAGAAGGGAAACAAGGGCGCAGGCCGGGGCAGGGGUGCAAGCAAGGGGACCACCAGAGGAGUAGGCACGAACUCUGCAAGUGGUGGUGAGACUCCUUGGCGAGCACUUGCUGGUGGUGAGACUCCUUGGCGAUCCGGAACCGCCGCUGGCACGCGUGGUGGUCGAGGGCGUGGACGCAGCAGCGGCGGGAGAACUGGGCGCGGGACAGGGUGCGUGGACAGCAACACAGGCGGUGGAGCCGAGGAGGCAUUGGUGUCUGGAGAGAACGAUGCAAUUCAGGACGAGGAUACCACCAACUACGAUGCGUUCAAGGAGUGGGUCAGCGAGGUGCCAAGAACAGCUAAGGGCGCAGCUGGCAAGCGCAGGCGGGGUGGCGGUGAUGAUGACGACCUGGGUGCGAGGUCGGGGCGCAAGGUUGGAAAUAAACGGCAGAAGGGGAACAAGGGCGCAGGCUGGGGCAGGGGUGCAAGCAAGGGGACCACCAGAGGUGCAGGGAAGGGCGGCCCAGGCAAUGGAGGGCGGAGGGGGCGGACAGAGGAGGGUAGCUCGGAGGGUGGGUCGGAUGCUGGUGAGGAAGAGGUCCUAGCCGCUGGCGCUGGGGAGGAGUCCAGCUCAGAGGACCCGGGCAAAUAUAGCGAAGCUAGCAGCAGCAGCAGUGGCAGUGGCAGCAGCGACAGUGGUGGAAGUGAGCAGUAACAUGGCAGCAGUGAUGAGCACUUGGGGGUGCACACACCAGGUCGGCCCCAGGCAGGAUGGGACAGACCAAUCCCAAUAGGUGCCGGUACAUGUCAUGCAUCGGGGGUUUCAUCCGUAGGAGUAGGCACGAACUCUGCAAGUGGUGGUGAGACUCCUUGGCGAGCACUUGCUGUAUGGGGGGUGACAUGAACGCUGUUUUCAAGGACGAUGGUUGAGAUGAAUGCAUCAGGCUGUCAGGCUGGCUGGUUGGCGUUGUGAGUCCAAAGCGCCUUGGUCCACAAGCACACUGAGACUUAGGCUACUUUGACAAGGGGUGUGCGUCCAUUUUGAGGCUUGCCGCAAGUAUUCACCAAUCGUUAAUUUAACAUGCAGUAAGUGUCACAUCGCAGAGUAAUAUCUGCCUGUGUAACCCGUGAUAACAGGGUCUUCACCCGUAAUUGUACGUGUAAUUGGUUACAUGCCCCGUAAUUUACCUGCAGCACCGCGUAAUAUUCACCCGUAAUCACUGGGUCUUCACCCGUAAUUUUGCGUGUAAUUGGUUACAUGUGCCCGUAAUUCACCUCCAGCACCGCGUAAUAUUCAGCCGUAAUCACUGGGUCUUCACCCGUAAUUUCGCGUGUAAUUGGUUACAUGUGCCCGUAAUUCACCUCCAGCACCGCGUAAUAUUCAGCCGUAAUCACUGGGUCUUCACCCGUAAUUUCGCGUGUAAUUGGUUACAUGUGCCCAUAAUUCACCUCCAGCACCGCGUAAAAUCCACCCGUAAUCACUGGGUCUUCACCCGUAAUUUUGCGUGUAAUUGGUUACAUGCGCCCGUAAUUCACCUCCAGCACCGCGUAAAAUCCACCCGUAAUCACUGGGUCUUCAC